UUUCUUUCUUUAAUAAUUUACAGUUGAAGGACACAAUCAAAAUUCAAAUGAUGUCAAGAGGAAUCUUUUUCUUGCCUUCAAAGAGCUUUUGAUGGAGCCCUCUUUCAAAUACACACCCAAAUAACAAAAGACAUGGUUGAAGUCAGUGACAUUAGCCAUGUGGGCAAAGUGGAUUCAAAGCUUUUCAGCACUCCAAACAGAUAAACAGAAAACUUUUUAACGCCCUUGUCAGCAUUUUAGCCUGCAAGAGAAAAUCAAGUUCCUUGAUGUGGCUAGAGACUUUAUGAAAGCCGCAAACCACUCAGUUUGUGCAAUAACUUUGCCAAAAGACUUCUGUGCAGACAAACGUCAGUGCUGGGCUUUUGAUUCCUAUCCAAGGCUCUCGCCUGUGAGCAGAAAUCACUUUCAGUAAGGAAAAGACAGAAAAGAUGCUUCAUUUCCUAAUUUUGAUUUGUAUGCCUGAAUCUGACAGCCCGUAGAUUAUUGUGCGCACUUGUUUGCUAGUUGGAAGUAUCUACAAGUAUCAAUGAUCUUUGUCAUAAGGGAAGAAGUUGAAGGGAAAACAAAAGUCAAAAAAGCUUCCCUGAAUAUAUGUCAAAAAAAAGCUUCCCUGAAUACAAAGCUUAACAAGCUCCAGCUAUUCUGCUCAGAGUUUGCUAACUGUUUUGAUUAAUCGUUAAACACCUUUACAAGAAAGAUACCACUGGUAUUAGCAGACCCUUUAAACUAGGAAAGGAAAAAAAGAAAGUUAAAAGAUGCAGGAAUGGGGAGGUUUUGUUACAAAAUCAUGGAUUGAAAUAGAUAGGAUUAUGGGGUUUGUGAUGUGGGUACUUUGCUGUGGCAGCCAAGGGAUGCUAGAGAUACUCCAUCACUUGGUUCUUUAAAUCCAGGUAGGCCAUAUUGUUUGAACUGUAGUGUAAUUCAAACGUGACAUACUGCUCUCAGGGAAGGAACCUCUUCUGCUCCUCAAGAGGUCAGGCAGGCACCUGUAUGUCACUUUCUGAUCCCACGGGCCUGUAUUCACAAUAUUCGCUCUGGGAAAACGAUUUACUUUUGUGACUGAGGAAGAAGGAGCUGAAGCCUUUUUUAAAUCUAAAGACUUAAAUUUCGAACAGGCAGUACAGCAAGCUGUUGAGAAUGCAGUUUCUGUUCCUGCAGAAGCCUUUUAUCAGAAUCACGGUACCCUGUACAGCAUGAUGAAGGGAAAAAUGGGUCCUUCUAAUCUGCAAAAGUUCACGGGCACCUUGUGUAGGGAACUGCAUGAGCACAUGGGACACCUGGGCACCAAGGGCGCAGGCGACCUGAAUGACCUGGUGAGGCACGUCAUGUAUCCAGCAGUGGUGAACACUUUGUUUGGGAAAGGCAUCUGCCCGACAAGUCAGAGCGAACUCAAGGAGUUUGAAGAACAUUUUCAGAAGUACGAUGAGGACUUUGAAUACGCUUCUCAGAUGCCAGAGUGCUUCCUGAGGAACUGGUCUAAAUCCAAAAAAUGGCUUCUAAAAUUAUUUGAGAAAGUAGUGUCAGAUGCUGAAAGGACCAACCCUUCAGAGACCACAUCCAAGACUCUACUGCAGCAUCUCCUGGAUAAUUUACAAGGAAAACAUCUGGCUCCCAAUUACGGUCUCCUAAUGCUCUGGGCUUCCCAAGCAAAUGCUGUCCCUAUCGCAUUUUGGACCCUCGUUUUCAUACUCUCUUAUCCUUCCAUUUACAAGAAAAUCAUGGAAGACCUGACUUCUGUUUUUGGCAAAGCAGGUAAAGAUAAAAUAGAAGUCUCUGAAGAAGACCUUAAGAACCUCCCUUUUAUUAAAUGGUGCGCUUUGGAAGCCAUACGGCUGAGGUCUCCAGGUGCAAUCACCAAGAAAGUCGUAAACCCAAUAAGAAUUCAGAAUUUCACCGUCCCUGCAGGUGAUAUGUUGAUGCUGUCCCCGUAUUGGCUGCACAGGAAUCCAAAAUACUUUCCUGACCCAGAAAUGUUCAAACCUGAUCGUUGGAAAGAGGCAAAUUUAGAGAAGAAUGCUUUCUUGGACAGCUUUGUGGCAUUUGGAGGAGGGAAGCAUCAGUGUCCAGGAAGGUGGUUUGCUAUCAUGGAAAUCCAGUUGUUUGUUGUGCUGUUCCUAUACAAAUAUGAAUUUGCGCUUUUGGAUGCGGUACCAAAGGAGAGCCCUUUACAUUUGGUGGGGACACAGCAACCCCUGGCACCAUUCCGGGUCCAGUAUAAAUGCCGGGCAUGAAAGCAGCCCAGUACGAACUCACCUCGCUUUGCCAGCCCCGGCUGGAUGAACGCACCGCUGAGCUGAUUCUGUACCCUACGUGUUCAAAUAGGUUCUCUGCCAUAAAAGUUCUCAAUUUCAACUUGGAAUGCUGUACAUACUCUGUGUAUGCCAUGACAGUACAGUCAUAAUCUGGGCUCUUCCUGAUUGCCUACCUCCUAGUAUUUAAAAAUUAAGCUCUCUGCUGCAUUCAGAAUUUGUGGGCCACAUUUUGUGCAUACUUUGCUAGUCUAACUGAUACGCUAAACUUACCCAGCAAACAUGCAGGACAAAAAGCUGCUACAUUUGGAAAUCCAGCAUGGAAGUUUUGUUAGAACCGGGAGAAAAACAGGUCCCUUAUGCCAGGUCACUGCUUCCUGCGGGUUUCUUCAAGCCAAGGUGAAGGUGGUGCCUCAGGCUAAGAAAUCAGUGGUAACUCUCUGUGGUUCCCUGGCUUUGCUGUGCACAAAAGCCAGGAAGGUGCUGAGCACAGACCUCUGGAUCAGAUCCUUGGCCACCAUAAAGUAGCAUCACUUAUGUCCUGUUGCUUGUGUAGGUCAUGGAGGAUCUGGCCUACCCCGCCUAUAACUGGGGCCAACGUAUUGCAAAUAAAGUGCAUUGGUAACAGAACAAUUGCAAGUGUGAGAAGUAACUGGGGUGUUGUUCCACUGGAGCACCUAACAUUUCACUGAGCUUUAUUUGCUCCACAGGAUUCAGAUCUGGACCUUGCAUAAAUAUGCAAUGAAAGCUUGAUCCAAUGCAGGGAUUGCAAGAAAAGCCAUCGCUGUUCUUCAGAUCGCUUGUCUGAGCUCUAGAACAUUUUUACUUUUGACACAACUUACAGAACAACUUGCACAAAUCUAAAAAGCUGUAAUCCUAUAAAGAACACCUAGUAAAAGUUGUUCAAGGAAGCUGUCAAAUAAGUUCAGAUACCAACACUUUUAACUGCUGUCAGAUUUCAUAUACAAUAAUAGCGGCCAUGUAUUUUUAGUCUUUCAAGUAAAGAUUAUUCAUCAUUUGAGAAAUAUUUGUAAAAAAAACACAAAUGGACUUUCAGAAACACUUGAAACUAUGUGAAUAACAUCCAUAGGAAAAUAACUCGUAUAAUUCAUGAAAUGAUUGGCUUAUCUCAGUUACAGACACGACAAUUUAACAAACUUUAAUGAUUUAUGUGUCUGGAAAACGAUUCAUCCAGUAUUUAAUUUAGCUUAUAAUGCUUAACUCUGCAGGAGUUGCACUCUUAACUGCUGUUUCAGAAUUGCUCUGGUAACUGAGAACUAUUCUCUUGGUUUUCAUCAAUGGUCAUUACCCAAAAGUAUGUAUUUUAAUUCUAACAUUUGAAGAUGCCCAUAAUAUUUGUCCAGGUAACUUGUAGUUUUGCAAAACUAAGCAACUAUUUCCAACAUGCAUUUCUUUUUAUUUUUCCGUUUAGUGUUUUUGUAUUUAUUAUGUUUUUUUCCCAAGAGAGGUUAACUCAUAAAAGCAAAAUUCUCUGAUGGCAAACUUGACUACAAGUCAAAGGUCCCUAAAGGGAAGUAUAACCUGAAGGUCAGCGUUGGUUUGGUUACGCUGAAUAAAAGGCAGCCGAAGCCCUGUGUCCAGAGGUGACUCCCAUGGGCACCAAGAGGAGCAUCUAAAUUGCACGGGAAUUCUUGUGGGAUACUGAUGGGAAGAACCAAAGGUGGGGAAAGGCAGGGAUCUGUAUGGCUUGGGGAUGAAUAAACGUGGGAAAAUGAAGGGAUACAGGGAUGAAAAGAGUUGGUUGCAUGUGAACAGGCUGCUGACCAUUAGGCUUGUCUGGCUAUGCCUUGUUCCUUAUCAGCACAGCGAGAAUCCAGCCUGCCAAGCUGGAAAGUAGCUGGAGUGGCCUGCGUGGCUCUGGGGGUGGGCCAGCAGGAGUUGGCUGCUGGAGGGACUGGGGCAACUGGGGAGAGUAAGGAUUCAUGACCAGCGUCUGGAGGGAUCCACGUUGUAAAUAGAUGCUCAUAAAUACGUUUUGUACUCGCAGACCUGCACCCCGAUCUGCCAGGGAGGGGAGCAGGAUGAGGCCACUGGUGCUGGCUGUGGGAGUGCUCGGUGUUUCUGCCUGUGUUGAUGUGUGUGGCCGUCAGCAUCUGUACAUGUUACAUGCAUGUUUGUGUGUGUGCCUGCCGGAAAUCCCCGCUCAGCCCCACUCCUGGCUGGACCUGCGGGCACAGAGCUGCAGCAGCCUCGUUUCUGUGAGGCUGCCAGAUACAGCAACUCCCUAGCAGGCUAUAAUCAGUUACGAAAAUAAUUGUCUGCGAAGGCAGGGCUUUUUUUUUCUUUCUUUCUUUUCUUUUUUUUUUUUUCCAAGUUUAGGCUUUUGAGAGGAAAGGAGCAGUACCUGCACUUGACACCCAGAGAGAUACCAAACAAGCACAUGAAGAAGUGGCUUUGACUCUCUGGAAUCCCACUGCUGCCUGCCUGCGUGCUCUGUUGUAGAUGACAGCUCCGUGCACUUGCCAUACUUUCCUAGGUAGAAAAAAAGCAUGUGAGGCGGAUUAGUAAAGCAAUGUGGUAGUCAAGUGAUAGAGCUAUAUGGGGUCUUCUACCUGGAAAUAAUUCAGAAGCUUCUGGGGGAGGGAGGAAUAGCACUUUACCCCUGGGACAGGGUUAAAUGCUAUUAAAAGGUCAUCACUCUGCUCUACUCAGGAUUGGAUGAACAGUUUCUAAAUUCUUCAAGUGCUUGUCCAGUCUGGUUUUAAAAAUGACAAUGCUGAAGUUCCACAGGUGAUUUGCUCUCAUACCUGGCUAUUCCUACUGUUAGAAAGCUUUUCUGUGUAUUAGUAGGAGUCACAACGAGCUUUUUAUUCAUACCACUACCACCAGGGUGAGAAAGAAAUGUAUUUUCACCUGUCUUUGUAUUUCUCCCUUCUGCAUGAAGUAUGGAUGUUAAAGGGACAUCUUUGAAAAUGCAAUUAUUCCACCUCAGACAUGCAAUAGGCCACAUCUGUCUGAGCAAAGCCCUCACCCUUGGCUGGCCAGGACUGUAUGUUGGUAUUAAAUUAUAUCGGAAUAAGUAAUUCCUAUUUCUGAGAGAGAAAAUCUGCAGUUACAAGAAGUGAAAAAUAAAAAACACUUUUAAACUGAGUUUACUUAAACACUUUUUGGACUUUGUUGUGUAUUUAAGUUUCUGAAAACGAAACAAAACACAGAAAGUAACC